AUGGAUGAUCGGGUAGCAGUUACCCUUGGUGAGGAGUUUGAUGAGUUUGCAAGCGUUGCAGACCGGUUACGUGAUCGGGAACCAUUGGAUCCUAAACGCGGUUUGCUUGUGGAGUUAUGUCGAACGGCUGAGAACAUGGCGACGGAGUAUGCGAGAAGGGGAGAAACAGACAGAUCCGAAUUCCAUGACUGGGUUUUGGAAGCGCGGACGUGGAACCUGCUGCGGCUGCUGUGCUUGCUGAGAACGAGGCAAGCAGAAGAGCAUCAGCCCCAAUCUCAACCGUCGCAUGCCUUCUCAUCGAAUGUACUCCUCACGGAGAAUCUACAUAUCGUGAACAAAGAGCUGGCCGAGAUUACUCUUCUUCUAAAUUGGUCCAGAGAUGCCAACCUCGGACUCCCAAAUAUCGAAACUCGUGCGGACCACUGGUUGCACACACGCCAGCAUAUCAAAUCCAGGGUGCGCGCAUCGUUCGGUACCCCAGCAGAAGACACUUUCGUCAACCAGCUCGACCCGGAUGCACCAGCAAGACAAGGGAAGGAGUUGAAAGAGGAAGACGCCGAAUACGAGAAGACGCUAUUCCAGGCGUUGUUCGCAUGCAUCAGAGCGGGAGAACUCGAAGUUGCGGUGGAACUAGCGGAGGACACAAAGAACCACUGGUUUGCUGCUGCGGUGCAGGGAUGCACGGAGUACCAUGACCCUAAGGUGGAUGGAAUUACGCCAGAUGACGCAGCGAACGGAACAAAGAGGAAGGCCCUUUGGAGAAGAGCAUGUCACGCUGCAGCGGGUAACGAAAAGUUGGACAAGUGGGAACGGGCCGUGUGGGGUGCCUUGUGUGGUGAUCUGACGAGCGUUUUGGAUGUGUGCGAGACCUGGGAAGAUCAACUGUGGGCUUACUUGAAUGCUGUAAGCGAGAGUGCGGUGGAAGCGAAUCUUCGAAAUCUGGGUCGGUCUCAGUUGACAGGGGGUCUUGAAAUCGAGGAUUUGUCGCACAUGGGAGUGCAGCAUGUAUUGGAGAAGUUGGCGCAGAGUGAUCAAAUUGAGAUCAGAGAAGCAGCGCACAACCCAUUCAGGAGGAUGCAGGCUGCACUCAUCACUGGUCAAGUAGACCUUAUCUUGCAGGAGUUCAAUCGGGAGAUGGAGGCAGCAAGGGUGCGGAAGGUUUCCGCUGAGGAGGACGCCGAAGUUUCGCUUCCGACAAUACUGCGUAUGCUCGUGCACGUCAUUAUCACUUUACGAAGGAUCGGUGUACAAACAGACGAAAUUUGGGCAAACAACACCAUUGCUCGUUACGUAGAGUUGCUGGCAGCUCACGACAAAGGUGACAUCCUUCCUCUUUACGUCGCGGAACUCCCCGAGCCCAUGCAAAUCGAGUCGUAUGCCGCAUACCUCUGCAAAGUUGAGAUGGAAAUUGAACGAGAGAACCAAAGUGAACUUGCCCGCUAUUACCACGUCGGAUUCGAUGGACCCUUGAAGCGCAUGGUACAGCUUGUGUUUGAGCAGAGCGCUGCGGUGGAUCCAGAAUACUCGGUGUUCCCAAGAGAAGCGACAAUUGGCCCUGUGAAGGGCUGGCGGGAUCCCGUCAAGCAUGUUGAUGAGAGACAGAUUCAUGCUCUUGAAUGGAUGGCGAAGAGGGAGAACCUGAAAGGAGAACUACUCCGUCAAGGAAAUGUUCUGUUCAGGAGGUUUUUGCAGGCGGGGCGUUUGACCGCCGCAAGGGAAUUACAUGAGAGAAUUUCCGAGCAGAACAUUGAACUGAGCGGACACGACGAUACUUAUGACAGGGAUGGUCUUGAGUACGCGUCAUAUGGUGUUAUCUGCAAUGCAUAUGAGACUUAUGACCAGUGGAAGACGCUCAUGGCUAAGAAACCAUAUCAAUCAUUAGGCAGGACAGAUCCUGUUGGUUUCACGCAGUGGAAAGCGGAGAUCGAGACUCUUACCCAAGCGUUGGCAAAUUAUGUGCUUUACAUGCUCCAGGACAACUGGCUUCACCCAGAGAUGUCGUUAGCUUUGCAGAGCACGGAGGACAGAAAAAGAUAUAACGAGCUGGUGCGGCUACGAAACUUCUACAUCCCUGAAGUCGUCUUCAUGUUGCAGGAUGUCUACUAUCAAACAAGAGAAUUCCUGCCAGAGAGUCUUCCAGCCAUGCUCGAUCUGUCGUGCCUCAUCGCAUCUGAAGAGCAACAGUUAUACUCGACCUUCGUUUUGAGUGGUAGGAUGGGAGAAUAUCUGCAACAACUGGUUACUCAGGGGUUCUUGGUAGAGAAUACGGCCGGUGCGGGCAUCAUCACAUUAAAGUAG